AUUUGCGCUGCUCGCAAGUGUACGCCCACGGUGUCUGUAUAUCUUUUCUGCUGCAUGUAUACGUUCCUCAUUUUCUCAUCUCGCGUCGAAGCGACCGAGCUCGUGUUGUCGGUCGCAGGUUUGUGCAACUACACCAUCCAUUCUUGCUAAGCAUGGCCACAAAGAACAAGUGCAAUUAAUCGAUGACAAUCGGCAUCGACAGUGGGAAAAGUUGGUUCACCGCCGGCAGCAAAAAUACGCAUGAGCGCUUCCCAACUUCUUAGCUUCUUCCAACGGCAACUUCGCUGCGCGUAUACGCUACCGUGUUCUACCCGUAUUCUUUUUUUGUGUUCGUUUUUCCGGAGUGCGUGAAAAGGCCCAGAAAAUUUGAUUCUGGUUGGGUGGGUUUAGAGCAGUGUGCGUCCGCGCAGGCAUGUGUGUGUGAGUGUGUGUUUGUGUAGGGAAAAAGGACUGUGGAGAGCGUGUCGGGUUUGGCUGACGAGUUUUCCUAGAUGCUGGUGCCGAAAGGUGUCGAAAUCGCGGCAGUGUACCAGGUGCACGGCAAAACGGUUGGUUGUGUAGACGCAUCGUGAAGAAGAAGAAGGUGAAAAUACGCAGGGGAAGAUUUCUCAAUGGUUGUCGUUUGCUGUCAGCAAGAUGAUUUGGUAUGCACAGAGGGUGCAAAGUGUAUAAAAGUGUUAUUUCCGUGAGCACCUAGUUGGCGUAUCCGGACGGCGCACGGGCGGGGAGGACGAGGCGUUCGGUUUCUGCGACGCGAUUCCGGUGAGAGAGAGGAAACGUCAAUCGCUGAUGGACACAGACGCAUCUUGAGUGUUUCCUGUUGUUAACCGGAGUGCCACAAAAAUAUGGCCGUUGCCGCCUGCCUGAAAGCAACCCAGUCAACCGUCGUCUAUUCUGGUCAGCACCAACCAUUGCAUCUGGUAGGAAUGAACGGCGUCGGCAACGUCGGCAUCGCCGGUGGUCACUUGCAAAGUCAGCUGACGCGCUCGCUGGAGCGCAUCCUGGAGGAUGCGCAUCUCAGCGGGGAGCUGAAGCUGAGCGGACGCAAGCUGAAGGACUUUCCGAAGGCAGCGGGGAAGUACAACCUCAGCGACACGGUUAUUGCAGAUCUGUCGAGAAAUCGAUUCUGUGAACUACCAGAAGACAUUACAUGUCUCGCGUUUUUAGAGCGCCUUUUGGUCUACCACAACACGAUCCGGUCUGUGCCGGAAACGAUACGUGGACUGCAUUCUCUAACUUAUUUAGAUUUAAGAAACAAUCAACUAUCGGUUUUGCCGCGCGAAAUCUGUGCUCUACCUCUUCAGGUUUUACUCGUCUCGAACAAUCGCCUUGCUACAUUGCCCGACGAGCUCGGUCGAAUGGAGAAGCUGACGGAGCUCGAUGCGGCUUGCAAUCAGAUAACACAUCUUCCAGCGCGAAUGGGUGAUCUUCGCAACAUGCGUUCGCUAAAUUUGCGCAGCAAUCAGUUAGUUUACCUGCCUCGUGAUCUCACCUGCCUGGAGUUGGCAUUUUUGGAUAUCAGCAGCAACAAGAUCGCUACCUUGCCGGUAGAACUCCGGCACAUGACCUCGCUUGUGGAUUUGGAACUUUCGAACAAUCCACUCACCUCUCCACCAGCUAGCCUAUGUGUACGCGGAUUGGUGCAUGUCUUCAAGUAUUUGGAAACGGUAGCGUCGCGGGAGGAAAAAUCUAAAACGGGUAUCGAUGGCCAUGCAACAUUACGACGUACGGCUCUUUCGGCAAAGAAUUCCAGCAGUUGUUUGCUGGACAGCCAACAGCGGAAUCGGAGAGCAAACGUCGACUCUGGAUACUGUACUAGUGAUGGUGGGUUCGAUGGUAAGCGUUGGAAGUAUGAGGAAGAUGCGCACAAUUUCACCAUUUCAUCGUCAAAAUGGUCCCCCACUCCACUGCACCCGGGUUGCACGGUUAUGCCAGCCAAUGGUAGUAACCAUAAGAUUGCUUCUAAUCCUUCCUCAGGUGGACAACAUGUCGCUCUGGCAACUCAUCCGAACCACGGUGGUCCACAUGAAUCUACAGUAGAUACUGCCGUUGCUGGAACAACGGGGGGUAGCAAUGAUGUGUGUUGGGAAGAAGAAUUUCGGAAGAAUGCGACGUUUCAGGAACAUCAUCCGGAUCGCAAGCAGUUAUCGAACAACAAUAGCAAUGAUAUAUCGCCUGAAGGAGACAUAACACCCGAUGGCACAAAGACGGAUGACAAAGGCCGUACACUAUCCAAUUAUCAGACGUAUCGCGAGUACAAGGAAGCAUUGCGUCAGCAGCGUAAUCUUGACUCAGUCUACCGAUCCAAAGAUCAUCCGCUGACACCAGAUAGUGCUGGAUCGGCGACGGACUCACCGGUUAGCAAUGUUUCGCCGUACACAAAAUCUAUCUCGUCAUCCUCGGUUUAUAGCAGCAGCAGCCAAAGCUCUCCAGUAUCGCCACAUCAUACAAUAGGCGUGCAAAAAAUGAACCAAAUUAAUGCAAACCCGAAUAGCAGCUACCACAUGACUGGGGCGACUGGCACCCAUUCAAGUCCUUUGCUUUCGCCAAAUCGAAACGGUAGUCAAGGCACGACAGUUGAUGAUAGUACUGGAGGUACUCCUAAUAAGCGACCGGUGCAGAAAGUCAUACCAUCUCGCAACAUUGGCUCAUUACAUCAUAAUCAAUCACCUACGCAUUUAAAUGGCAAUCAUCAUGCGUCAGGAGCAGCUUCCACUAGUGUUUCUAAUGGAUCCCAUGGUAAAAAUGCUCUUUCAAACGGUGCUGGAAAAGGAUCUUUGUCUUCAGCAAAUGGAAGUGUCAACAACGAAUACGCUUAUGUGAAACCAAAUAGCCCAUGCAAGUCGACAAGUGGGGUAUUGGCGCACAAUAAUAUUCCUCCUUCGUCGAUACCAAAGCCAACGGCUCCAAGUAGUGGAGGACUAGGCUCACCGGGAGCUACUCAAAAACCGUUAACAGCGACAGUAGGUUACGUAAAUAAUGCUAAACCGGGACAGAAAGCAAAUAAGACUGUCUCGUGGAAUCGUGACGUGCCUACCGAAAAGUUGAGCUUUACCAUGCGUCGGGAGUUCGAUAAGCAGAAGGAGGAAACUGAACUCAUUGAGCAACUGCGGCAAAUUAUUGAAACCCGCUUGAAAAUGUCGCUUCCGCAAGACAUUGCACCUGCGUUAAUGGAUGGUGUCGUGCUAUGCCAUCUUGCAAAUCUUGUUCGACCAAGAUCUGUUGGCAGCAUUCACGUCCCUUCUUCAGCUGUGCCAAAAUUAACCAUGGCUCGAUGUCGAAGAAACGUGGAUUAUUUUCUGGAUGCUUGUCGAAAAAUUGGCGUAGAUGAGGAGUUGAUUUGCUCCUGCCAGGACAUCGUUCCACCAACCGUGGCCGAAUCCUCGUCAACACCGUUGGAGGAUAAUGAUCGGAAGGCGGGAUAUGAUGAUGGACAUGGAUCACAGGAAACAAGUCCUACGCCAAGACCUCCUAAUCCGUUAGCGAUGUAUCGUACGAUCGCAGCAUUGCUGAGUUUGCCGGUGGCUCAGAGCGUAUCACCACCUUCACCAUCACCACUUGGGUUUCUUCGUCGUCCUCGAUCACCACCACCACCGCCACCGCCAACAACGCAAUCCGUAUCAGCCAUAACAGCUGCUGCAACCAACACCAACAGCUCAACAGAGCCAGAGACAAAUUUAAAUUGUGAAAUAAUGGAAUCGUAUGGUUUUUCGACUGUAGGCAUAUUAGAUCAGCAGGGUUCGCAAAUAGUCGGUGACCUAGCAACCACCGGUGAGAAGAUGUUCGAGUAUUCGGACCAACCUACUCAAAGGUCGUACCGUGGCAGUGAGGAUCAUCGGAAUGUUCCAGUGACAUUGGAUCUUCCCAAGAGUAGUGUUAAACCUGCUAGAAAACGAAAGUUUCCUUCUACGCGAACCAACCGUCGAAAUCAUGGUUCAACCGACAUACAAUCAAAUUUGAAUGAAAUAAUCGAAGAAUGUGAAUACGACAGUGAUAUUGGAAAGUUUCGUUGUCGCACCGACGAUGCUGAUGAAAUGGGUUACGGUCUUCGCGAUUACGAAGAUUCGGAAACGAGCGUUACUUCUUGCGACGACGAUCUGAAUGACGUUGAUGUAGGAUGUGAUGAUGAUGUGGGUGGUGAAGCUUUCACUCCGACUAAUGCUCAACCCACCAUGGCCGAUUCAAUUGUUCGUCGGAAUAUACCGUCAAACGAUCUGGACACCCCAAUAUUGAGUUCAAAGACCGAAACCAGUGGAACCGAAAAUUUUAACAUCGUUCAAUAUGACGUCGACUCGAUAAAAACUGAUGAGCAUAAAGUGGUUACGAAGAGAAUCGAAUUUUUUGAAAAUGCUGCAAAUAGUAGUAUGAAGAUACUGAACUGCGAAACGUCUGCCAUCUUAAAUACUGCGGGAUUCAAAAAUGAGGGGGAAAUUGUCGAAACCCCGCAAAUGUCCAUAGCAAACGAGCCCUACAGUGCUAAAAACGAUUCUCAUCGACGUGAAUCCGAUCACCCAGUGAUUUCAACAAUUCUAUGUCUAGGAACUUUUUUGUUUACGGUCAUUUAUUUAUAUUUGUAUCCUUUGUCGUAGUUUGUUAAUUUUUAAUAUUAUGUUUUUUUUUUGUGUUUUCAAAAUGGAAUGGGCAAAGUGUUCUUAUAACAAAACAAAAUCUCUUUUGGUUAAUUUUUUUCUGAAACCGUCUUUGUUUUUAUCGAAAAUUAGUAUGAAAUGCAUUAUCUAUAUUUACAAAGAUAAUUAUCUUUGGUCAUUAAGAUCUGGAUGGAAAAAAAUCCUAAAAUAUCUUCAAUAACAAUUAUUUAUGUUUACAUAUAUUGCAAGAUAGCUUCUUUGUCCACCAACAACAAAUAGUUUGUUGGGAGCUAAUGUUUAGUAUUAUUCAAGGGGGUAAGUGCUUAAAUAAGUGAUAUCGUGAAGUACAUCAUUUGACCAGUUACGAAAUUCCAUUGAAAAUAUUUACUUUUUUUUGCUUAAAACAUUAUGUUUAGUGUCAUGAUAAAACAAUGCUUCGAAAUCAUCACUUCAUUUCCUUUAAGGUAACAAAACAUCACUUCAAGAAUCAUUCAAAGUGGCUAGUGACACAAUUCAUUUUGCUUUGAAUUAAUUUAAAAGAGGCUUAUUUAUUUAUUUUCUGUAUUUUUCUAUAUUUAUUUUGAAUAACUUUUAUAGUUUUGUAUUUGAAAUGCUUUUGAAAUCCAAGUGGAGGCAUAGUACUUAUUGAAGUAUUUACCAAUUUAAGUUCCAAAAUCAGUUCCAUGAACGUAUAACUUCUAUAUCUAUUAGAUUAGAUAAUUUUCUCCUAGUUGGCUAAUUUGAUCUUAGCUUUUUAGUGCCAGGAAGAUACAAUCAAUAAUCAAAAGUUGGAGAGUUACUAUUACUUAAGCAAAUGUGUGGCUACAACGCAUGUUUAACGUGCAUGGUAGAGACGAGACAUAGAACAGGAAAUAAGAAACAAUUUGAGCAGGAAAUUAUACACAUAAAAAAGAGGAGUAAUGAAAUCAUGAGAGAUGCCUUAUAACAAAUAAAAUGUUAAGCACGCUAACCUUUAGCUAAGAGUGUAUCAUUGCCACAGUGAAAGGCAAAUAUUAUUUUCCAAUGAAGCCAACCAAUCUUAUAAACAUUAAAACAACAUUGAAUUAGGUUUAUUUCGUUAAAUCAUGCAAUGUAAGUACAUGUAUUUGGUUAAUACAUGUAAACAUUAUUACGGUACCGGUAACCUGCAUGAAAGUUAAUGGCUACUAGCGUUAUUCGAAAAUAAUGCAAAAUAGAACUCGUACUUUAUUUAACUAAGUUUAAUAACGAAGUAUUAAAUUCCAGUAAAAGUUGCACUCAUUCCAUGUAAUGUAAUGUUUUAUAUUACCAAGAUUUCCAAACGCAAAAAUCUCUUUACCAAAUAUUAAAGUUCAAACAAAAGUAAUAUUUUUUUAGGUUAUUUUGAAUGCUAUUUAGUUUAAAAUCGUUUUGAUGUUCUCGUAUCCGUGCGAUUUUUUUUUUUGGAAUAUUUUUUAUCUUUUAAGGCAGAACAUCUCACGACUGUAUCUUCUUAAGUUAAGUUUAAGUGCAUUAGUUUAAAAUUAUGUCUGGACUGAGGCAACAUCUACUUAUUUACAAACAGCAAACCAAAGGGUUUCCGAAUUACGCUGAAAGGGUUCAAACUUCAAUCCUGACCGAGUAAAAUAAUUUAUGAUAGUGACAAUAUCCAAACAUUAACAGAGCAGAAUUUUAUUGGUUACUUAUAACAAAAAACAAUAGCAGAUAAAUGUUCUCUUCACAGUUGUUGAAUGACAACCGAUGUAGAUGAAACAUUGAAACCCCUAGUGCAGUAAUAUUUCACCCUAGUUUUGAUAUAACAUAAAACCUAUUGCUAUACAACAUUGCAAAAGUAGUGCUCAGGUGAUUAUAGAACACAAAGAUUCAGGAAUAGAGUUUAUAGAAGUGUAUAACAUUCUGCAUUGCAAAAAAUACCUUUAUUUUUGUAAUAGUUAUAUCAAUUGCAUCAUUCCAAGGAAUUUGAACAAUUUCCUUAAAUAUCUGUCUCGUUCAAUUCACCGUUUACGCUGUUUAGAUUCAAAAUAAGAAAAGAAUAUUAUUCGGCAAAGAGUUGCAUCCAUAAACAACACAAGAUCCAAAAUAGUAAAUGUGCACUUAACAAGGGUCUUGAUUAAUUUGCAUUACACAGGAACGAUCUGCAUUAAAAUUAAAAACACAGAUACAAUAGCUUUCUUGGUCGGACACUUUUCCUUAUGCUAUAACCACACGCCGUUUAAGACUGCUAGGAAAAAAUAAUUUUAUUGAAGAAAUGUUGUAGCUUUCUCUAAUACCAUGUCCCGCUCAUGCUAAUAGCAUGACUAUUAAUUUAUCAACAAAAGAAAAGCAUUAUCACGCUUAUACAUGCAUUGCUGUUUCCAUAAAACGACAUUCUUUUGACUGUCGUUUGUGCUUGAGUUUAUACAAAAUCAAUAAAAAUACAUCUUACGUGUAUGCGUUUCUCGACAACGAU